CCCUGAAGUGUGACAGCAUCCUAACUCCUCAUCCCUGGCAAGGAGAGGAAGGAAAAUCAGAAUUGUGGAAAAGAGUUAUCUUUUGGGACAGCAAAGCCUAUGGGAAGUGCAGGUAGCAGCAUGUUGCCCUGACAGCUGUCUCAGCUUCUCAGACCUUGUCAGUUUGUUGCUAUGCAGCAGGUGCAGCCUUUUCUUUUAUUGAAGCUUUACUCCAUAAAGGCAACGACAAGCCAAGGCAGUGGCUGGCCCUGGAUUAUACAAGUGCAGACACUCCGCUAAGUGAGGGUUUCAUCACGGUAAAAUCACGUUUUGGAAUCGAUGGUCUCAGAAGAAAAACAGAGGACUGAGUAAGGUCCUAACCCAGGAGCUAAAUCCAUGCAGACAGACCCCUACACCUCCACAGGCUUCUACUGAAGAAUCACCACCAAGCUGGAGCAAACAAGUAAAAGCAUUGACUCAAGUGCCCACAUGAUCACCACCGCCAGGGUACCUGCUGAUAAGCCGGUACGAAUUGCCUUCAGCCUUAAUGAUUCCCCAGAUGACGCUUCCCCUGAAAGCUUCUCUUUGGCAUUUCCAGAACUAGAUCAGCAGCUGCAGCCUCUGCCUCCUUGUCAUGACUCUAAGGAAUCUAUGCAGGUGUAUAAACAGCACUGCAAAAUAGCAGAAGAGUACCACGAGGUCAAGAAAGAAAUUGCUCUGCUGGAAGAAAGAAAAAAGGAGCUGAUUGCCAGACUGGAACAAGUGGAAAAGGAAAGCAUGGAUGCUGCUCGGCUGGCUAAGGAGUAUGCAGAACUGACAGAGGAGAACCGGACACUGAAGCUGGCCCAGACGCAGUGCGUGGAGCAACUGGAAAAGCUCAGGAUACAAUACCAAAAAAGACAGGGCUCCUCAUAACUCCCAACUAGCUCAUGGGAGGCAGCUCAUACAGGAAUGGUCCUGUGCUGGAAAGAGAUUUUAAAAUAAAGAUCUGUUUAAUAUGUUGCAACACUUUACUACAGAGUACGUAGAAGUCUGAAUUUGAUUUAAUACUUGACACCCAGUAGCUUAAUAUAAUGGAUAUUUCAUCCAUUAUAUAAUGAAUGUGUUAUUUCAAGUAACAUAAUUGAAGUUAAGCUAUCCCCAUUAUAUGUUCUAGUGGAUCAGAUUUCUUUUCUAAACAUAUUUCUUCCAGUUUAAGAAGAUAUGGACACACUAGAAAAUUAUAUAAAUAGUCUCUGUGUUGGAAAUUUGGAUCAUACUAAGGACUGGGACAAUGUUAAUAUAUGGAAUACAUGUAUGUUAAUUUUAGUUUGGUAAAUUCUUUUUAAAUUAUUUUCCUCAUGCAUAAAGUGUUUGGAAGUUAUCUUGAAGCAGAUCUCCUUACUAGUAAAAACUAUACUUCAUGUCAACUUCACACUGUUGUAUAAAAUCUGAAAAACUGCACAUGAAAAAUUGGAGUAACAAAAUCAUUUUUAUCAAACAAGUGGACUGCAGUGAUAAUUUGCAAGUUAUAAAAUUAAAAGGAAAUAGAUGAGAUCAAACUUUCCUUCCUUAAGUGUAAAGAUUACUUGAGUGUCUUUUUAUUGUACUUUUAGGCAUGCAAGAAAUGAAAAAUUAAUACAAGAAUCAUAAUUUCAUCAUAGUUUCAACUGAGACUAUGUCAGUAAAAUUAUUGUAAGGAUCUUUUGUUCUUAAUUUCUGGUCUAUUUUGAAGCAUAAGUGUUUGUAAGUAGGGACAGGAGUUCUCUGAUACACAAAUAACUGGGAAGUAAAAUGUCAGUUUUACUUGCUCUAUUUAUCCCUGUAUUUUCUUAGAUCAACUUAAAAAUCUUCAUUACACUUCCAUUUCUAUUCAUAGAGCAGUUUUUUCAUUAAAAGUGGAUGCAGAAAAGCCCUUUUAUGUUCUGAAUGUUCUCAAAUCACCCUGUAUUCUAAACUCUGCUUCUUAGAUAGAGCUUGUUACAUCUUCAUGAGCUUCAAAUUCAACUUAAUAUGUUAUUAGUACUGUGUCUUAGAAAUUGAAAACUAUGAACUUAAGAUUUGCACCAGGACUUUAGCUUUGAUUAUUAUCAUUAGUCUAUCAUGAAAAUGGAAUUUCAUGUUAAUCAGAACAAUUCCUGGCAGCAAAGUGGACAAAAAAAGAAUUACAAGCUGCUUGUAAUUUAUCUGUGCUAAUUGCCUGCAGUAUUCCCUGCAGCACAGGUGGGAAAACUGGCUCUGUGUUACUCCAAGCACCUGGUACUGCAGCAGGAGAGCAUGAAGAGGUAGGAGGAGAGGACAACCUUGUCUGGAGAGCAUGAAGAAGUAGCAGGAGAGGACAGCCUUGUUUCCACUUCUCCUCCUUAGCCGCCAGGGCAGUGUCAGCAUCCAAACGUGGCACUGCUUCCUGCUGUACCCGGGAAAUCACCGCUCUUGAGGCAUGUGCUUCCCCCUGGAAUGCUCCCUGAGCAGUGUAACACUGUAUUUAUUCCUCUUAUUAUCUGAGGAUCCAAUUUUCACUGUACCUUGUUGAUAGUUGAAGAAAAAAAGAAAACAACAUAGUUAAUAAAAAACGGUUGGAAUAUUAGGCCUGGAAGUGCUGGAAAUGUCUUGUUUGAGUUUGCACUGUUGGGAAACAUAACU